AUGCGUAGCACAAACUAUCCUCCUCCUUCACCCCUUCACCCCUACGACCAAACCGCAAUCAUGGAUUCCAUAAUCAAAAUACCCGGAGCAUAUCCUCGUGACUUCACCGACUACCGCUCAAGCCCCUUAAUCGUGAAUAAACUCAUCAGUGGCGCAUACUUCACGGAAUUCGCUCCUCAGGUCACAGCCCUGCUAUCAAAUUAUGAUGCUCGCGUGCCUCGCGAAACUGCGCGUAGCAUUUUCAACAAGCAGUCAAAUACCGCCGCCAUGAUCCUCGGUUGUCUGAAUAGAAUUGUUGGAGGUAUUCUGAACGUCACCUGCUUGCUUGUGUGCUUUGUGUACUCGAAAUAUCGUGACUUCAGCACAUCCCAGUCAGGAAAUAUUCUGGACUAUGAAACAGCCACCAGAAUGCUCAGACCUAUACUCCUUUUGCUCGCAUCCCACGAAGCAGCCCAGGUAUACUCAAUCACCACAGACGGAGGAGUUUUAAAUGGAGAAAUAGCAGUGCAUGCCUGGGGGCACGAUUUCGAACUCGCUCGUGAUUUGAAGCGGUACGAGAACUCGCUGGCGCAUGAUGAGUGCGAAGAAGAUCAUCUCUCCAAGAUAAUGGGUAGGGUUAUUCGUGCCAUGGGACACAGUCAUAAUAAGUUAUUAGGAUCCCCGGUUGGCAGCCGCUAUGGACUGGCGGUCCUGAUGGCGUGUAUUCUCACUGUUCUAUUUGCAGCAGCGGAAGAUUACGUUGAUAGCUCUACUACGCCUGUGAAAGAGCGGCGCGAGGCGACUCUUCGGGACUUGAUGAUCAGUGCAUUGAAGAAGAGUAGUAUUCGCUAUGCUAAGGUUCAGAGAAUGUGGACUUCUCAGAAGCAGAGUACUAGCGACUCGGGAGUGCUGGAAAAGUACCUUAUUAAGGGAUUGAAGGCACCCACCACCGGAACCGUUCACGAUGUAUAUGUGACUCACUAUAGAUGUGGGAUCGUUGUCCAGCGAUCUGCCCCCGAAGAUGAUAUGGUCGCUCUCGCCAGCCCUGCUGAGUCUUCGGAUGAUGUUCAAGAAGGAUACAAAGUCUCCUACGGCAUUCGGUACUUAGCGGAGGUGAACCCGCAGGAUCAGCAAGCCAUAGCGAAGGGGAUUGGUAGAUCGUGGACAUGUUUGGACCAGACCAGUACAUUGAUAUUGACCGAGUGUGAUAUUUCUGACGAGCACGCGGACUUCUACUUCGACUUUGAUGCACGGAGCGAUGAUGACAAUGAUGACGACGAGGAGGAAGAGGGCAUUGAGAUCAACGGCUCGCUAAAAUGGUUUCUAUAG